AUCUUGAAUUAAAAUGUUUAAUCCGACGCUGAAAAAUCAAAUCUGAUCUGCCGACCGUUACUGGGGAUUCCACACAGCAGCAGCAGCAAUGGCAGUCGGACAGUGAGACACAUGCCGCAACUCUCUGUGAACCGAAAAACAUUUACAUUGGAGCCGAGAGAAGACAUUUAAAGCAGAAUGUCCCGGCACCGAAAUGUACGAGGUUACAACUACGAUGAAGACUUUGACGAUGAUGACAUAUAUGGACAGUCUGUGGAUGAUGACUACUGUUGUAUAUCACCAGCAACAGCAAAUCAGUUCAUCUACUCACGUCAAGAGAGGCAAGCACCAAAGGGGGAUACCUUAGAGGAGGAAGAAGACGAAGAGGAUGGACCCAUGUCCCCUUCUGUCAUCCCCAACCUUGACCCUCUUGACCAAGCCAAGCUGUAUUCCUGCCUGGAUCAUAUGCGAACUGUGCUGGGAGAUGCAGUCCCAGACUCCGCCCUGACGCAGGCAGCCGUAAGAUGUGGAUUCGACCCGCAGAAGGCACUGGAUGCCGUCCUGUCUGAAGACGCCAAGACGGCCCCAGUUACCAGAAGUGCUGGUGAAGCGACAGCUCCGGUGGCGAGAGCGAGCCAGGAGAAAGCACCGCUUCCACAAAGAGCCAAACAAGAGGCCGUGGCAGAGAAAGGAGCCUGCUUGUCCGCUUUUCACAAAGACAUUACGUCGAAUACAAAUAAACCCCAGACCGAUCUGUGCAAGCACACAUCACCGCGUGCGCAAACAUGUACACCAAACUUGAAUGACCUCUUAUUGCGAUAUAAGGCUGACCCUGCGGUUAGCAGCGCAGAAAAUCAAAAUUGUAUCCACCAAAACAGUGGUCCACUUGUUAGUAGUGGUGCAAACCUUGCACAGCUCAUGUCCGAGCAUGAGCAGAAGAGUAAAGCAACGGGAGCAGUUGACGCAGGGCGAGGUUUGGGUGUUCACUCUUUAACUGCCCUCACCAUGGGACAGAGUUCCCCCCUGUCCAUUAUGCCUAAUCAGAAUGGCCUUUCAUUGGGAACAUUGGCGUCUUUAAGCUUGACUUCAGCAUCUCGCAGCUCAGCGCCGCCCCUCCUCCCAGUGUCACUCAGUAGUCUAUCUCUAAACAACCCCAAGCUAUCAUCUGCCAGCCCCUCUCCAGCGGCUCCGCCCGGGUUUGGAAGUCUCAGCUCUGUCCUCUUGCGCAAUCAGCCCUCAGCGGGAGUCGGGAUCGGCGGCAAAGCCGCAAUCGCUGAUCCUAAGGGAAGCCCAUCAUUGGCCGAUUUAAUGCAGGAACAUUCAAACCGCAGCCCAAGCAUCAGUGACUGCUCUCUCACACCCCAAAGCAGCGCAGCGUUUGUGACGUAUCAGGGGCCGGCCACAGCAGCACAAACACUCUCGCUCUCUGGUCUUGCUUCGCGGAACCAAAACUGGAAUAUGCACAAUCAGUCGCAAUCCCAAAGCACUGAGCAACCAGCAAACUCACUCACCUUCCCUAAACCAACCAACCGGACUCCUGCAUGCCUAGUUGGAACCUCCUCAUUGUCUCAGCUGGCCUUACAGCAUCAACUCAGCAGUUCCUUCACUCUGCCUCAACCUCUAAGCGUUGAACCUCCAGGAAAUGCACAGAGACAACCACCUGGCACCUCUGAGCCUCUCUCCUUGUCACAAUUGGCUUCUGAACACAAAGGCAAAACCUCAACGACCUCAAGUGGGUCACCGUACUCCCUCACCUCGCUCCUUUUACCAGCAAAACCAGAGAGGGCUGGUGUGUUAGCAGAAAGCCCUAAACAGGGUGGGGCCAAGGGGAAGCGCGACCACACGCCACUCCACCAGAACGUCGGGUCGCCGAAGCAGGCCAUUGAUUUGAGUGCACUCAUGGCCCAGUCCGAUGGAGCAGGCCCCCGUCGCUUUGACAGCGGCCUCCUGUCGCCGUCCUCUCCAAAUCCGGCUGCCGAGGGGCCGGAUUCUUCCAUUUUUGCCCAACCGUCAACAUUUGCGAUCACCCUGUCGAUUCGGCAGAAGGGGAAAACAUCGAAGGGAAGAACAAGGGGUCCCAAGGCAGGAAGUGUUUACCGGGCUUUCCAGCUAAAAACCCACUUAAAAUCCAGAGAGGAGCACACGCCUCUCUCGCCAAUCGUACCAUUCUGCUUCGACGCGCCCUCCCCUGAUGACGUCGUCCGUGCUAACCAGCGAAAAGCUUUCACCAGGUGAACGAGCGGAAACAAGGGCUCUUGAUUCGGCUCCGUCCCGGUUGCGGGCGAAUGAACGAGCGUUGGAUGAGAAGCUCAAAUCUUUUUGGUGGCCUCACGUCCACCAACUGAACUAAUCUUGCACUCAUGAAACAUUUUUCAAAGACUUUGUCCCUCAGUCGAGUGGUGUAGAAACUUUUGGGACCAACACAGACUGAAAAAGCAACUCUGUACUCUCUGUAUUUCUUUUUUAUAGCAGCACGCAAGAAUAUUAAGUUGCUAGUAAAUCUAUAAUGUUUAAACUACGCAGAAUAAACUACUCAGUCUAUCUGGCAGCUUUUAAGUAUUCACAGAUAAGUUUUAAAGGGCCAAGUUUUUAUUAAUUGCAGUUAUUUUUAUACCUUUUUUAAAAAAAGAUCUCUUACAUUUCUAUGCUUUUUAAGCUUUUAAAGUUACAUAUUUUAUAUAAAGCGUGAAGUAGUUAAAAAAUUUGCUAGGAAAAAGUUUGCCGUCUGCGUGGCCUCUUUUCUGUUUGUGAUCUGCGUGAGAGGCUGAUUUUGUUUGCAGGUGUGCUGCAGCUAUUGGAAUAUGGAUCAGUUAACCAUUGUUCUGGUUUAUUGCUGCCUGCGUUUUGAGAUCUUGGGGUAGACAUUUUGGUUUAGAGGACACCUGGAGAUUUUCCCAUGAGCGAGCGAGAACAAACGCAUGCAAGUGCAUGCUGACACACACACACACACACACACACACACACAUCCACAAAAGUGAACCCUUUUCAGAGUUAACUAAACACUGAAUAAAGAUUGCACUGAAUGAGUCAAAAGUGAAUGCCUUCCGACUUGAGGUAAAAGGGGGUUUCUCGCUCUUUAAACUCUUGACUUGAGGAUGUCCAAAUGAGUUUGAUUCACAGACAGUGUUUUGUAAGAGUUUAAAUUGUCAAUUUUGAAAUAAAGAUGUAAAUGUAUUCCCUAAAGUGUGUGUGUGUGUGUGUGGUUGUGUGUGUGUGUGUGUGUGUGUGUGUGUGUGUGCUUUGUGAAAAUUAUCUUUUUAGGGUUGUUGUUGUAUUCAACUAAUUCUACACCACCAGUUAAAACAGUGCUCUAUUCCUAUUUGGGUUGAUAAUAGAGCCUAAUGCUUGUAUUACUACUGUAAUACUGUAAGUCUAUAUUGAACGAUGAAUUGGCAUCAAUGUCAUUAAUAUUAUUUUUUAAUUUCUAAUUAAAAGGAAAACUUUGCAUUAUG